UAUAGCAACAUUUUAUUAUGCAAAUGCUCCAUUAUCAUAUGAUCCAACAGGUGAUGUUAAAGAACAAUUAUUAGCUGCUUUUGGAGAUGGAAAUAUGCCAGAAACUGGUUAUCAACGACAAUGGUGGAAUGCUUCGAAAGAUAGUAAAACCUAUCAUCAUUUAGAUGUUUCAUUACAUUAUAUUGAUAAAUUAUUUAAAUCAGAAGGUCCAUUCGAUGGAGUACUUGGUUUUGCUCAAGGUGCAUCAUUAGGUGGAAUUCUAUGUGGUUUACAACCAUUUGGUAAUGUUUCAUUUAAUUUUGCAAUAUUAAUAUCUGGAUUUGCUUCACGAGCUGAUUGUCAUGAACAGCUAAUGCAACCAAAUUCAAUAAAAAAUGUAUCAUCUUUACAUAUUUAUGGAGUUAAUGAUGUUUUAAUAAAUAAUGAUCGAACAUUAAAAUUAGCAGCUGCAUUUGAAAAUCCUUUAAUUGUAUCACAUCCUGGUGGACAUUUUACACCAAAUACAUGGCCAAAUAAAACUAUUAAACAAUUUCUACUUGAACAACAAACAUAUUUAUCAAAUAAAAAAGAUGUAACAAAUCAUGAUGAUAUUACACUUCAAUUUCAUUCAUUAAAUACAUUUGAAGAAAAACUUGAAGCAACAAUUUUAUUUCAUCAAAAACAAUUAUCAAAUUUACCUGCUACAGAACGAAAACAAAAGAAAAUAUCUGCUAUUCCUAUUGGUCUAUCAAAAUCAAUCGAUCAAUUAAAUACUGAAAAUAUCAUUGAAAAUAUCGAUAAUUAUUUAUUAGAUGAUAUCAUGUUACUUAUCUGGUGUCAACGAACAACAUUUCAUAAUAUUGAACCGAAAAUUGAUGAUGACAAAAAUACUAUACCAUUAUUUUUUCGAUAUUUAAUAUUAUUGUAUUUGAAGAAACCUAAUGAAAUUCUUUCAUUGUAUCUUAAUAUCAUUCCAAAAUAUGGUAGUUGGGGAGAUUUAAAAACUUUAUAUUUAUCUGUUUGUCAAAUGCAAAAUGAAUUUUCAACUGAAAAAAUAUUGAUGGAAAAUCUGAAAGCGGCAUGUGUGAAAAUACUUGGUGAUCAAUUGAAACAUGAUCAUCGUAUUGUUUUAAAUCAACCAGAUGAAUCUGCAAAUGAACAAGAAGAACAGAUGAGUAUUAAAAAUCAAGAAUGGAUUAGUAAUUGUGCUAAAGAAGCUCCACGAAUUGGUAAUAGUCGUUAUAAUCAAAGCACAAUUAUGGCAAAAGAAAUUGCUAAAUAUAUACAACCAAUUAUUAAUAUAACUGAUAAAAGUGAAAAACAAUUAAAUGCUGAUAAAGGUUAUUCAUAUCAAAGUUACAAACGACUUAUAUCAACUGUUUGUCAUGUUUUGGAAAAAGCAUCACCAAGUUUUGUCAAUGAACAAGUUAGAUUACGAACACGACGAGAUCGUGCUUUUCGAUAUACAAAAGAACAACGAGAACAAUUAUUAAAUGCUCCACCUUCAAACUACAUUACAAAUCCUGAACCAGAACCAGUUGUUCCAUGUUCUUUGGAAGAAUUACAGCCAUUGUUAGAACAUUUAAUAUUAAAUAAACCUGGACCUAGUGAUGAUAAUCAAUCUAUCGUAUUCUCACGUGGUACAAUUAUGACUGGCGGACGAUUAGAUUUAUGUAAACAAGUUGUAGGUCCAAAAGGUAUUCAACCAUUACUCAAUGCAAUGAAAAAUAGUUCAGUAGUUAAUCGAUUGCUAUUAGGAAAUAAUAUUGUUGGACUUCCAGGUGCACAAGCUAUUUCUGACUAUAUUCAUCUUAAUACGAAUUCGAAUAUUGAUACAUGGUAUAUCGCUGGUAAUAAUUUCGAUAGUGAAUGUAUAUCAUUAAUAUGUGAUGCAUUAGCAACUGAUACAAAUGUUAAAGCACUUUGGUUAAAACGAAAUCCAAUUUUAGCUACGGGAGUAGUUCAUAUUGCUCGAAUGUUAACAACUAAUCAUUAUUUACAAACAUUAGAUUUAUUGAACACAGGUCUAUUGGAUGAAGGUUGUGAAAUACUAUUUAAUUCUUUAAAAUCAAAUAAUACACUUAAACAUUUAUAUAUUGAUACGAAUGGUUUAACUGUUAAAAGUGGACAAAAUAUGCGUUUAUAUUUUGAACAACAUGAUAAUCAAUUAGAAUCAUUGUAUUUAUCAUGUAAUGCAUUAGGAGAUGCAGGUACAUGUGAAAUAGCAGCAGGUUUAAAACAUGAUAAACAUCUUAAACGACUUGGUUUAGCAUCGAAUUGUAUUGGUUUUGAUGGUGCACGUGCAUUAGUCGAUGCUCUUAUCAAUCAUCCAUCACUUGAACAAUUGAAUCUUGGUUAUAUGAAAGCAACAAUUUUACUUGGUGGUUUAGAUAAUGUUAUUGGAGAUGAAGGUGCAGAAGAAAUCAGUCGAUUGAUUCGUUCUAUUAAAUGUAUUCGUUCGAUUGAUCUUACAUUCAAUGGUAUUUCACAACGUGGAUUAAUGAAAUUACGAGAUGCAUUAAAAGAAAAUCGAAUAUUAACAACAUUGAAAGUAUUACAAUUUGGACAAGUACACAAUGAAAUAACGAAAGAAGAAAUAAAUACAAUGAUUGAACAAAAUAAAAUUGAAUGGGGUAAACAAGUACUUACUCAUGAUUCUAAUAAUACAUCAUCAUUAACAAGAACCGAAUGUUUACAAAAAGGUCAACAAUUAAAUGAUGAAAUUAAUUUUCCAAAACAUGUCAUGGAAAUAAUUAGUUAUUAUAGAACACAUUGA